AUGACCUUCGUAUUAUUCAGGCAGAUCCGCUCACGGACUGAAAAGCAGCAACAUUUUCUUUCCUCGUGGGAAUAUAGCCAUAGAAAACGGAACAUCGCGCCCUCGCUCCCUUGGGUUCGUGCCGUCGUAGCCACCCUGCUGGUCGUCCUCGUGGUCGCCUCCUGCGUGUCUGCACAGCUCAACUUCUCUCCCGGCUGGGGCAAGCGAGCAGCCGCAGGGGGAGAGGGCACCGGAAUGCACCCUGCCGCAGGAGCCGUGGUUCCUCCCCCUUCCUCCCUGACAGGCGAAUCCUGCGGAACCAUCCCUGUCACAACCGUCAUGCACAUCUAUCGGCUCAUUAGGGCUGAGGCUACCCGCUUGGUGCAGUGCCAGGAUGAAGAAUACUUGGGCUAAGAUCCCCCCCCCUCUCCCUUCCCCCCCACUUCACAAUGCCCCCUCCACACCGUCACUACCCCCCCCCUCCCCCCGCCACCUUCCAGAAGCCCGCAAGCUCUGAUGACGAAUUCGUCUUCGUAUUGUUUUGAAGGAACACUGUGAUUAAAUUUUUUUUUUUGGUUAUUUUUUCUCUCUAAUGUUUUACGUCAUCUUUUGAUCAUCAUUGCUUCUUCCAAUUUCCUCUUUCUUUUCUUUUCUCUGUCCCUCUUCCUCUUCUUUCUUUCUCGUUUCCGUUUCCGCGCUUCCUUUUUUUUUGUCGGUAUUUGGGGGUUUCAUCAGCCGCCAUCUACCGUCUCGUAAGACUUAGAGAGAGAAGAUAUAUACAAAUAUAUAUAUAUAUACAAAGAAUGUGAAAAAUACAUUUACAACUCACAAAAUAUAUAUAGGUUGUAAUUUAUCCUUUAUGCAAGGCUGACUCACAAUAUAUAUCAUCUCGUCCAA